UUAGUUGGGAAGAGGCUGCCAUGGCAUCUGCAGGUCUUGUCAAUGAAUUUAGAAAUGAAGAAAUUACUUGUUCCCUCUGCCAGGACUAUUUCAAAGAUCCGGUCAUUAUUGUGGAAUGUGGGCACAGCUUCUGCCAAGGUUGCCUCGGCCAAUAUUACAUGGAGUUUGGCAACAUUAUUUCUUGCCCUCAGUGUAGAAAACUAAUUCUGGAAAGGAAUUUCAGGCCAAAUCGGAAACUGGAUAAAGAUGUAGAAGAAGCCAUAAACCAACAUGAGAGAAAAAGAGAAAAAAUGGAGAAGGGAUUGAGUGAAAGGCAUCAGGAGCCUUUGAAGCUCUUCUGCAAACAAGAAAAGGUUUUCUGCUGUGCACACUGUGAGAUGUCCAAGAAGCAUGAAGAUUACAAGAUGGCUCCAGCUGAGGUUGCUCUUCAGGACUAUGAGGGAAGCCAGGCACAAAAAGAGCUGUGUUCCAUGGAUGAGGCUACAUUACCGGAACAAGAUAUUAUCUGCUCUAUUUGCCAAGAAGAUCUGAGUGAACCUGUGACUGUGGCCUGUGGCCAUAAUUUCUGUCAGGACUGCCUCAAAAACUAUUGUGAUGAAAGAGAAGACCUGCAUGAAGAGUUGGGGGAACUAAAUUGUCCUAUCUGUAGAGUUAAGAUCAAAAAAGGGGAUUACCAGCCCAACUGCCUGCUGGCAAAGUUCGUAGAAAACAAUAAAAAAUACAAAUUAAAUCAAAGGGGAAGGACUCUUUGUGCCAAACAUAACGAACCCCUUCUAUUGUUCUGCAAAGAAGAAAAGGAGCUGUUAUGUGUGAUUUGUGAACAUUUACCAGAACACAAACAUCACUGUGUAGUUCUCCUCAAACCUGCCGCCGAAGAAUACCAGAAAACAAUCCAGGAGCAUCUGCUGUUGGAGCAGAAACGACUUGAGGCCUUGAAAAGGGAAGACAAGGAAAUCAAGAGGAUUCUUGCAGAGUCAAGGGAGAUGUCA